AUGACGAGGCCCGUUAAUAUAGAUGUGCUGUUGGGGAAGUUAGGCGGACGCCCCAGUGGGAAGCAGGCCGGGAAGGUAGAGAAACCGAGACUUCUGUCGAGACUCGGCAGAGGCGAGAAGCAGGAUGUAGCGGUGGCACAUUACUCUCAGAACACCCAGGAGGGGCAAGACAGGGAUGAUGAUUACAUACACAAUAUCCCGAUGAAAUCCCGUAGCUACGGUGCAUCGUCAACGGGCAGUGUUGUUGUUCGAGAAACCGAGGUUCCAAUAAAUACUUCUUCUGGGCGCAAGACAGGCGGUAGAGACAAGGGCAAAGGUAAAUUCAACUUUGAUUGGAAACAGGAAGAUGAUACACUACUGGAGCAGGAACCCAUCGUGUCUAAAUCGUCUCUCCAAUUGGUAAAAAAUCUGUAUUCGAAGACACAAGAGCAUGACAGGUCGCACCUUAUGGAUAACUAUAUGGGUGAACAUUGGACCGUUAAGCCGCUGGAUGCAAUGACAGCGAAGGAUUGGAGACAUAUGAAGGAGAAGUACCAUAUUAUGACAAAGAACUCUCAGGGAUCCGUGCAGAACCCGUUGCGGACCUGGCAAGAGCUGGGUUUAAUCCCGCCAAAACUUCUUAACGUACUUACACGGGACUUGCAAUUUGUGGAGCCUAGCCCGAUCCAAAGGAUUGCCAUCCCGAAUAUUGUCCACCAACCGUACAAGGAUCUUAUUGGUGUAUCCUCUACAGGUUCUGGUAAAACUGUUGCAUUUGCAGUCCCGAUCCUGAUUAAAAUGAACGGUUUAAUACGACCACGCUCGCUGAAACUUAUGGAGGGUCCCAAGGCGCUUAUACUUGCACCUACGAGAGAGUUGGUCCAACAGAUUGAAUCGCAGAUAAAAAAUGUCACCACGAGAGACUGGACGGAUGAUCCAAACGAGUGUACGGUGGUAUCCAUCGUUGGUGGACACUCGCUGGAAGAGCUGACAAACAGUUUGCGGAACGGGUGUGACAUACUUGUCGCUACCCCAGGGAGGUUGAUAGACUGUCUGGAGAAUCACAUCCUAACAAUAUCGAAUAUUGACACUCUAGUCUUGGAUGAGGCGGACAAGAUGAUUGAUUUGGGGUUUGAGGACCAGCUAAAGUUGACCCUUAGCAAAGUCAACGUGGAGACAAAACACAGAGCGGGAUUUCAGACAUUGAUGUUUACAGCCACCCUUUCGCCCGCCAUCGAGCUUAUUUCGCAUAGUUACCUGCAGUCCCCAAUACACAUAUUGGUCGAUUCUGGCGAGGGGUCGCAACCGCAAGUGAAGCAAAUCGUUCGUUACUCUCCAAACACCGAUCAAAGAUUUGUGGAGCUCAAAGCGAAAGUACUCCCGCAAUUUAAGGCACCGAUUAUUAUUUUUAUCAAUUACAAGAACACAGCCGACUGGUUGGCUCAAAAGUUUCAACAGGAAACUGCUUACAAAGUGACAAUUCUGCAUGGUUCAAAAAGUCAAGAGCAGAGAGAGCAUUCUUUGCAACUUCUCAGAACUGGGAAAGCACAAAUCAUGAUUGCAACAAACAUUGCUGCUAGAGGGUUGGAUAUCCCCAACGUAUCUCUUGUCAUAAAUUUCCAAAUGUCUAAGAACUUCGAUGACUAUGUUCAUCGAAUCGGUAGAACUGGUCGUGCAGGUAACUCUGGGACAGCAAUCACCUUUGUUGGUGACGAGGAGGAUCAGCAGGUAAUGAAAGGACUGUAUCAAUACGUUAAGGAUAACAACCCGACCGGCGCAAACGAGUUUUCUACAGCGGUGGAACAAGUUUAUACACUGAACGAUAAGACGAACAACCUCAUUUUGUUUUAA